CUCUCUCUGUCUUCAAGGCAAUAUAGCAAGUAAUUAACUAAGAAAUGGAGGUAGUAGCAUCAGAAGCAGCAACAUCGAUGAUCAACCCUUAUGAGGUGUUGCACCGCCUGACGUCGUGCAACGCCGUGGUGGUGUUCAGCUCCAGCGAGUGCUGCAUGUCCACGGUGGCCAAGCGCCUUCUCUUCAGCCUCGGGGUGGGUCCCACGGUGGUGGAGCUCGAUCGCCACGCCACCGGCCCCGCCAUCCACGCACUCCUCUUCCAGCUCGCCGCCGGCACCCACCACCAGCCCCUCCCCGCCGUCUUCGUCGGCGGAAAGUUCCUCGGCGGCGUCCAGACCCUCAUGGCUGCCCACAUCAACGGCACUCUCGUUCCUCUCCUCAAGCAAGCCGGAGCCCUGUGGCUUUAACUAAUUCAUCUUCCUAUUUCUAUUGCCUCAAAUCUCAAUAUAUAAUCACUUAAUAUAGUUACUUAAU